GUGGCGACCUUCGUGCGGACGCUCUUCAGCCUGCUCAACGGCCCCUACGAGGACACGCUCAUCGCCUGGAACAACAACGGCGAGCGCAUCGUCGUCGCGGACCCGUCGCGCUUCGCGGCCGAGGUCUGCCCCAAGUACUUCCGCCACAAGAACUGGAACUCGUUCGUGCGCAUGCUGAACAUGUACGAUUUCCACAAGGUG